GCGGAAGCCGCUCCAAGCGCGGCCGCCUGCCGUCCCUCCGCGCCGGGAGCGCCCGAGUCCCGCGUGUCGCCGCUCCCGCAUUCCCCCAACCCUGCUCGGAAGGGAUGGCGGGCACAGGCGCGGCCCUGCUCGCGGGGCUGCUGGCGAGGCUGGCGCUGGUGCUGUACGGGCUGUACCAGGACCGCGUCAUGCGGGUGCGCUACACCGACGUCGACUACCGGGUGUUCACGGACGCGGCGCGCCUGGUGACCGAGGGGCGCUCGCCCUACGGGCGGGCCACGUACCGCUACACGCCGCUCCUGGCCUGGCUCCUGACCCCCAACGUGUUCCUCGCCGAGGCCUUCGGGAAGCUGCUCUUCGUGGCCGGGGACCUGGCGGCUGCCGUCGUCGCCUACCAGGCCCUGCGGCGCCAGGGGGCCGCCGCCGGCCUCGCCUGUGGGUGCUGCGCCGCCGCCUGGCUCCUCAACCCCCUGCCCAUGGCCGUGUCCAGCCGGGGCAACGCGGAGGCGCUGGUGGCGCUGCUGGUGCUCGCCACCUUGUACUGGGUGGAGGCGGGCAGCGUGGGCAAGGCCGCCGUGUGCUACGGGCUGGCCGUGCACAUGAAAAUCUAUCCCCUGACCUACGCGCUGCCCAUCGCGCUCCGCCUGCGCGCCGGGCCGGGCCGGGCGCGGGGUGACCAAACCGCAAAGGUCACGUUUAUGGCGCGGCUCUGGCGCCUUUUUGUAGAGAUGCUGAACCGCGACGUGCUGCUCUUUGGAACAGUUGCCGGAUCGGUGCUGGCUGCCUUGACUCUGGCAUUUUAUCACCUCUAUGGCUGGGAGUUUUUGGAGCAUGCCUACCUCUAUCACCUGACUAGGAGGGAUAUCCGUCAUAACUUCUCUCCCUAUUUCUACAUGUUGUAUUUGACAGCAGAGAGCAAAUGGAGUUUUGCGCUUGGGCUUGCAGCUUUCCUGCCCCAGCUGCUUUUGCUCCUGUUUGUGUCCAUAGCGUUCUACAGAGACCUCGCCUUCAGUUGUUUCCUACACACCGCUAUUUUUGUGACUUUUAACAAAGUGUGCACAUCCCAGUACUUUGUCUGGUAUCUCUGUCUUUUGCCCCUCGUUAUGCCUAGUAUUAAGAUGUCCUGGCAUCGGGGUGUGCUGCUUCUCUUUCUGUGGUUCAUCGGACAAGGCCUGUGGCUUACUCCUGCAUACUUUCUGGAGUUCAAAGGAUAUAACACUUUCUUAUUUAUAUGGUUGGCGGGCUUGCUUUUCCUUUUAAUUAAUAGCCUCAUAAUUGUUCAGAUUAUUUCACACUAUCAAAAAGAAGCACAAGUUACAAAAAAACUGAAACAAUGGUAAUAAAUGGACCAAAAUCCAGAAACAGCCCUACUGUCCUUGAUAAGGCAUCGCGUAUCACCAGCAUUUUAUUUAACGAAAGUGCAAGCAGGUUACCUCUUGACAGAGCAUGGGUGCCACACUUGACUCUUUCAUCACAAGAGGAGCAGAGAUUGUUCUGCACUUCCGAGAGCUGCCUCGACCUGUUUUUCACAUUGAGGUUAGAAGCCCAGCAAGAGACAUCAAAGUAUGCGAGACCAACAGCAACCAGGAGACCAACAGUGAUCUCUUGAGACCCUUUAGAAAUACAAAACAGAUAUCAAAGGUAAAAGCUGGAAGAAAAAAGCUGUGAGAUCUCUGUGCUGCAAAAGAUGUAUGAGCAGGAGAGGAGAGAGGGAAAGAGAGGACAGAUGUGUGCUAAAGGACAAAGCUUCAUGGACACUGCCCUACACAGUGCUUCUUAAUCCUCAGCUGUCCAGUGCCCUUCCACCUCUCAGUGCUGGCUGCAGAUCUGCCAUGAAGUUCAUUUUAAGAGGAACCAUGCCCAGUUUCCUUUUUCAUGGAGGCCGUCAUGGCUUUGUUUGGUACACUGGUAAUGCAAAGGGUGUGUGAGGAUAAACGACACCCUUUAAGGCCCCUCUACACUAUAUAAAGGACCUGAAGUGUAAAUUAGAAACAGAUGUGUUUUCAAACAGAUACAGUAUCACCUGCAGUAAUGGUAUGUGAAAAAUCCUUGCAUUUAUUUUUAUUACUUAGAUUCAAAAUAGUAGAAAAGUGAUAAAAUCAUAAAAGUGAGGGGGUUAUGUUCCUUUAAUGCUUAAUAAUUUACAGAAUGAUGAGCUUACUGUGAUUCAAGGAAGUUUCUUGCUGAUAAUACUUCAGGCUACCUAUCUGUGUGUCCUCCAAACCUUUUUUUUUUAUUAAUGUGGGGUCAACUUCUAAGCAAGGCUUUUUGCUGUAGGUACAAAUUCUUCUGGAAAUGAAAGUGCUUCAUUUCCUGAGUGAGAAGAUAAGCCAGAUAAUGCUACAAAGGAGCCAUCCAAUCCUGGACCUAUAUAUAGCCUCUGCCACAUGAAUACAAGUCUUACUUUCUGUCCCCCGCAAUAUCACCAGCCCUUCCUCAAGCAUUCCCUCUAAGGAAUGGCCAUAGUUCCCCAGCAGUCCUCAGCAUCAUUCCCCAGCUGGGAUGUUCAGCAAUAUGGUGCUGCUGCCCCUGAGGCAUUUCUGAGCACUUUUGUCCGUGUUGAUGUUGGUAAUGUUUCCAUGGAUGCCUCUGGCAUGGUGCUGCUCCCCACCAGGAAGGGACUGUCCUCACUGAGGUAUUUUCUGAAAAUUGUCUGAGUUGUUAGUCUGACUCCAUUCCUGUUUAGUGAUAAAUUUUACAUACUUUUCAGGACAGAAAGAUACUUUUUUAGCAAGUAUCUCUUAUCUAGGAGAUUGUUUUUAUUCAUGUCGAGGGGCUGUGGGUCACAUUUAUUCUGUCCCUACCUCAAAGACAACGAACUACUGUCAGCAUUUUGGCUUGGAUGUUUUGAUUUGGUUCAGAUAGAUCCCUUUUUUCCUCAGAGUUCACCUUUUAAUCUUUUCAUCUAGUAUUCUGGUCUUCCUGUGCAUGGAAAUAAAAUUCCAAAUAAAAGUAAUAGGGGUUCCAGCCAAUGCUUUUUCAGAGUAAUCUGAAAACUCCUGAAAAUUUUCUUAUAAAACCUCUCUGCAUUUUUACCAAAUUAGCUUGCUUUUCAAUGUCCUUACAGUCUUUAUCAGUCACCAAAUCCUUCUGCUUUACUGGUUCAGCAGCUCUGACCUCAAAAUGUUGUACUUGAGAUCCAUGAACUCUAUGUACAAGUCAAAUAGUCAGACAUACAGAACCUUCCCCAGUAAUCUAAAUAGCUGUAAAAACUGGAAAUGGUUUUACACCCACAUGGUUCCACUGAAUAUUCUUAGCUCACCCUGUAUCCUCAAUAGAACUAGGUUUGAGGCCAACAUUUGGAAGCAGUGUGGUAAUCCAGGAGAUUUUAAAAUUCCAUUUCUCAAGUAAACACAAGUCCCAUCAGCUCCUUAAUUCCUAAACUGCUUUUGAGAACUGGCUUGAAGUCUCCCAAACCAUCUGUUGGGCAGCUCCUCUGGUUCCCAAUGUGCAUCACUGUCUAGAGACCCCAAUCUGUUUCAGAGACUGUGAGGGGAAAAGCUUAUACACUGUAGUCAUCUGUCUUGUCUGAUGUAGGAGGCCAGAUGCAGGUAGGAAAGUAAACAUCCUUUCUGAGCCAACAGAACUAGAGAUGUCUAUCAGUUUAAUUGAUGAAAUACAUAUUUGCUUAGAAGGAGAUUAAUGAGGUCAUUUUUAUUGACCUCAUAGAAUGGAUCCCUAAGUAUUUUGUUGCAUGUGGUUCCCACUUUUCAGCCAUGAUAUCUUGAGGGGUGUACUUGUUUAAUCAAGGAUGACAGACAUCCAGUGGAAUGAUCUAAUUAAUUUAUGACAUUUCGUUGAACAAGUAAUUUUUAUUUGUUGAUUUCCACUGGUACCCCAGAGGUAUCUGAUGAAACUUAGGUAGUAGCCACUUUUUUAUUUACUUGCCAUGAAAACAUUUCCAUGUGGAUGUUUUCCCAGUCAUAGAAAGGACAUUAUAGAACUUACAGAAUAAGUUAUAGGAGGGUAUGCAUGAAUUUUCUAAUUUGCCCUGGGGAAAAACAAAACCUCCCUUCUGCCACUGGUCUGGUUUUUAACUUUUAUAUUGUUUUUCACCUAAAUGACUGCAGUGAGUUCAGGGCAGUACACCUAAUCCAAAACCAAACAUUAUUUUGUCUACUAAUACAUCUACUCACAUCUUUCCUGACAGAAUAAGGUUAGCUUGCUCCCACUGAUUCUAGUUAUUUUAUUUCUCUCAUCCUUGCACCUAUUAGUUGCUGAAUAUUCUGCCUGGCAUUUUGAUUCCCUAACACUGAACCAGGAAAGAAACAAGAAAGCAGGAUUAAGGGAGGAGGGGACAGAUUUUCAGUUGUGUCAGUGUUUUCAACAAAAGCAGCAAGUAAGCUUCCUGGCUUAGGUGCUGGGUGGCUUUUAUGCACAUUGGUUCAGGGAUCCCAGAACAGCUGAAUUAAGGGAGAAAUCUGAAGAUGUUUCCAAAUAACAUUGGCUUUCUUGCCCUUUCAUGAUCUUGCCCUUCUUCAAUUCAGGAGUGGGGAAAGCAGUGUUUCUGUGUUGCAGCUUCCAGGCACUCUAAAUUAGAUGCUAGAGGAGAGAUAAGGUGACUGGUGACGUCAGCGCUCCACAUGUGGCACUGGAGGAGUCACUGGAAGGGCCCAGUCCCAGCACAGGAGACAUCCUGGAGGAUUACACUGGGAGCCUGUCAUCAUGUUAACUCUUGGACACAGAUAUUUCUUCAUGAAGGUCUCUUCAUGAAGGUUGUUCCUCCAGGGAUAAGAUUUAAAGUGAACUCAUGUAAAUAUAAAUUGAUCUGGCUGCUGAAGAUGACGCAAGAAUGAAAAAUCAUUGUCAGUCUGUGCUUCAGCCCGCUUCUUGAGCUUUGCUAUCUUCCUUAUUCCAUGGUGCUCCUCUGGCCGACGGUCAGAACUGGCCAGAAGAGCAGCCAGGAUAUCAACACUGGUAGACUCCCCUGCACAGUCUUACUAUGUAAUUUUAAAUACAUGCUGAUGGACACAAAUCUUUGAGAGCUUUUAUUCAAUUACAUCCUCUUCUUCAGUCCAUGAAACAAUAUGAUGUGAUGGCUUAUGUAACCUGUAAGCAAGACAUGGAAGCCAUGCUCUCAAAAGAGAAAUACUGAAAAACUGCACAAUUCACAUUUUGAGAUUAUACGAAACAAAGGGUGUCAGACCUCACCCCUAUGCAAUGUUUGAUAUGUUGACUAGUGAUAGAGUGAUAGUUAACACAAUACAAAUAAUAAAGUGCCAACAGACAGGAAUUUUUGAGCAUAUGAAAAACACGAACUAGACCUCCUCAGCAUUUUAGAAAUGCAGGUUGCAUUGUGUCAGUUGGGUACUUUUUAUCCCUACCCCAUCACUAAGUGUAGCCUUCCUCUUCCUAUGCAUGAUGUCUUUAGGAGCAGCCCUCUAUUUGUGAAAGACUUCACUGUGAGGUGAAAUACAUUGCUGAAGGAAGCCAGCAGACCCUGAACAAUGCUCGCUGCUUAACUCCUUGUUCAGAAAUGGUUUUAUAUCUCUGACAUCUGUAUGCUUUUCUACUCUGAACAAGAAUAAAGGUAAUGACAAGAAAAGAUCAUCAACAUUUAAGUUACCUGUCUAAGCAAACAAGGUGGUGACCAAGAAAGGUUUCCCUGAGGAAUUAUUGUUCAUGAACCAAAAUGAUGGAUAUGACAGUGUUUGAUACAAUACAGCCUUGGCAAAGAUCACUCUGGUUGAGUUAAAUAGAAGAAAAAGAAUAUAUCUAAUAAAAAAGCAAGACUGUGAUCUGUAUGAUUUUGUUAAUGCAAUGUUAUUUGUUAUUCUGACACUUGUAUUUUAAUAUUCAUCUAAUUUAAUUCGGUUAGCCUAACCAAUUAAUAGGUGGCUCACAUCCCCAAAAAGCUGAACCCAUGGAUCUCUUCAAGCACCUGCCCAUAUUGAUGUCAUUCUUCACUCUCUAGUUUAGACAGGGAAGGAUUUGUUUUUCUGUACUGUAAGUUAGCAUCUGAGAUCUUCAACGUGAAUCAUAGGCAUGAAAGCUGCAUACCUGUUAAUUAACAUUACAAAAAGUCUCGACUCCUUGUGAUCUGAUUUCUUCCUCGGUAUGGCAAAACAAGCCACAGCCCAAGCACUGACAUGCAUUCCCUAUCCAAAUAAAUACAACACAUAGGGUGGUGGAGAAGAGAAGGAGAAAGAAGGCAAGGGGAAAAGGUUUGUAAGAAAGGCCAGUUUCACAGCACUCAAUUGUUAUUCUCACUAUUGGUAUGUUUUGUCUUUGAAGCAGGUGCUUUCUGUAAGCUCAGACUAACAGGAACCUACCUCGGGUUCUGCCUACCUGGAUGUUCAGUUCUGUCACUUCCAUCAAAAGCUUUCCUCAUUAGUUUGUUCAUCCUCUAUUGGCUCAGUUUGUGAUCACAUAGCAGUCAGGGAGGGAGCUGCAGGCAUCUCCUAAGAGCUUGUAGGAGUUUAAUGCAUUUUUAUUCCAAAGAACCACGUGUAUGUUAUCAGAAGCGGUAAUUAGCAUCUUCAGGAUCCAUGAGUUUUUAUAUCAAUAAUACAGUAACAGCUACAAUUCCUUAAUGAAGGCCUAUGUUCUACACCAGCAGUUUUCCUUUGCCUUCUGCAUGUGUACCUGUGUUUAUCCUUUUGUCCUGCACAUAAAUACACAUUCAGAUGUGCAUAUGCACUGAUAUUUACCUUCCAUGUUUAAAGUGAGCCAUAUCAAAGCCUAAUGAAUGUUUUAAUAAUAUGGUGAUCCAGAUCAGCACACAUUAGAGCAUUUUGUGGACUAUUCUGAGCUCUCAGCAUUGAAGCAACUCCUCCAGUGUGUUACUAAUAUCACCUUGAGGAUUUUAUAAAUAAUACGCAGGUACCAUAUUAUGUGGCUUCACAAUUCAAAAACACCCAACAUAAUGUAACUACAAUGUGCAACUGAUCACAAUACAGCAAAAAUCAAGUAUUUCUGCAAAACUGGAUAUUUUCAUCUCCUGCUGGGAGUAUGAUUAUACCUUUUCAAUAUGCUUGUCUGAG